GCCCUUGUCUGUGUGGAUUGAGCUUGUGAUGUGCAGCACGAGCGUUCGUAAUCGUAACCGGAAAUGGAAUCGUCGUCAGCGCCAAGGGUGUGAGCAAUAUGAUGACUCGCUUCAUUUGAUCUCAAGAAGGAUCACGUCUAUGAGGAUGAGAUCUGGCAUUCUGCGCUGGAUAUUAUAGGAGGAUAUAAAGCAACCUCUGUCACCAAAAACCAUACAAAUGAUAUGACCGUUCUCCUCACAUCAGUCACCACACUCAUCUACUAAAGAGUUAAUUGUCGGCCAUCUACAGGAAUUCUUUUUGUAUCACAUCUUCAGAACCAUGGUGGACAACCGUUAUGCCACGGCGCUGGUUAUCGGCUCCGUGCUGAGCCUGCUUGCCACCGUCUAUCUCUCUGUUGCCAUGGGAACGCAGCAGUGGUACCAGUACCACAGCCAGCCGGCCAGCAAUGACGCCAGCAAUGGCUCGGACCUGCAGACCCUACGGCAGGACUUUGAGGCAGAGGACGUGGAUGAGAGGAUCUACAGCGUCGCUCUGUUCCGGCUCAAUGGCACGCUGGGUCUCUGGUGGCGCUGCAUUCUGGUGCCCCAAGACUCGCACUGGUUUAAAGAGCCUGAUUCAAUAAUGGUGACUAAAUGCCAGGCUUUUACUUUGCCACAGCAGUGGGAAUCCAAGUACAGAUCUCCUGGAAAUAUUAACAGCGGAGAAGAUCUGCUGCGUACCUACUUGUGGAAGUGUCAGUUCCUGUUGCCGCUGGUCUCUGUGGGGCUGGUGUUUCUCGCGACGUUGAUUGGAGUGUGCGCCUGCCUUUGCCGCAGUAUCACUCCCACACUAUUUGUAGGGCUGCUGCAUCUGCUGGCCGGCCUGUGUUCCAUGGCAACUGUAUGCUGUUUCCUUGCGGGGAUGCAUUUGAUACACGAAAUAUCUGAGCUGCCAGAGGGGAUGGACUAUUCUCCGGGCUGGUCCUUGUUUUUGGCCCUGGUCUCGUCUCCGCUGCAGAUCAUGGCUGCUGCGCUCUUCAUAUGGGCCGCGAGGAGCCACCGCCAACACUACACUCGAAUGACAGCCUACAGGGUUGCCUAGGCAAUAGAGGACUGACUAUAGGGUCACCGAAGCGAUUGUCCGCUCUCAUAGAAAGCACACGGCCACGUUUGCUUCAGCGGCUGCUUUUACCACUGAUCAAGCUAAAAUUAUGAAGGAAACAGUCAGAACACACCACUAAAUGUUAGUAGGUUAACUAAUGCCCCCCACCCAUAGCACUCUCCUGUGAAUAUAAUCAUUUCUUGAAGGAUCUUACUACUAUAUAACUGCCUUUUUAACCACUCUUUUUGCAUCUGUGCUGUUGAAGAUGAGAAACACAACUUCUCACCCGCAGCCAGUCAGACUCUUGCUCAACAGAAAAGCAUCUAUAAACAUUAAACAGUAGUUAUUCAGGGCUUCACCUUUUUGUUUAGUCUCACUUUACCUGUUGACCUAAACUCAUUUCAAUGAGUUAGGUUUAGUUUCAUCUUCUCUUUUGUUUUAAAUAACACCUCUGUGUUUUUUAUUCGGCCUGUGUUGUAGCUACUCAGUUACAUCUUGAAGUGAUUGUAUUUUAGCGCUUCGCAAUCCCAAGAUGCAAUAGGGUUUUGCCUUGGCCUGAAAGACUGAAUGUUUGUUUCUGUCAUAAUCAUUAACCACUCGAGCCUUUUGUGUAUUCCUGAUCAUUUGGUUUGCUUAUUUAUUAUUUUUUCUUGUGCUUUGCAUUGGUUUUACUCUGUUGUUUACCAUUUAGUUUCUAUUUGAGAAUGUAAUCUUUGUGUACUUUACACUUGUUUAGUAACUUUGUUUAGAAUCCAAUGUUUUGUGAUGGUUCAGGUUGCAAUUUAAAACCAUCUCAGCUGUGGUUGGUUAUAUACUUAUUUAUAUUUCAUAUAAAACAUUUAGCUGGUGCACAUCAUGUGAUUUUUCACCAUGAUGUUUUUGUUAUACUUUGUAGAUUUUCUCAGUGGUUUACGAUUGCAUAGACAAUAUGACAAGAAAAUUAGUGCAUGUAAAGCCAAAACUGACACUCAAAACAUUGGUGAAAUGAAUGUAAAGGCUCAAUGUCAAAUGAUGUGGACGAGUGACUUAAAACUUCCAGUUACUGCUGUCAUUCAUCACGUAUGUCAUGCACACUUUGAUGUAAAAAAUCUGUUGAUGACUUGCAGUCGGUUGUAGAUUUUACUCAAGAUUUCACUGGGAUCAUAUUGUGCAAAAAUUGUACCAGUGGUAAAAAUCACACCGUGCACAUUCAGCUUCACUUACUUUCAUUGUGUCAUGUGGUUUAUUCUUCGUGUUGUAGUAUUUGAGAUCAUGUUUUGUUCAAGUGAGUGCUUUUUAUUUAGUCUUUUUAUUCCGAGCCCAUGAGAGGCUCAAUUUUCUCAAAACAGUCAGGCGAGAGCAACAGCAUAUGAGCAAUACAAUUAAGAGGAUACCUCACACUCCACAGCCCACUGUGACAUCAUCACGAUGGUGUCUGAAAUACUUCAGAUGGUUUUGCCUUUUUUAUACAGUUUUGUACACGAUCCUGUCAAGUGAACAUUUUGCUGGUCACAAUAAAUAUCUUUUCAUCCAGAA